CUCCCACCUUCAAAUGCUGAAGAGUCAGAAUGUGAAGGCAGUUGAAAUUCAGUCUCUGGUCAUUGUGCUGCUCAUGAUCAUGGGUUUUACUUUCUACCUCCUGGCUCUGCUUUCUCUCCUCUCUCAGUCCACAGCUCAGUGGUGCUACCAGAGCCAGUACUCCUGUGAUGACACAUGCAGAGACCCCAUCCACUGGGCAGCUCAGUUUCCCAGCUGUGGAGGGUUACGUCAGUCACCAAUCAACAUCGUGACCAGUAAGGUGCACGUCAACAGCGCCUUGCCACCCUUCCACUUCAUUGGCCACACCGACGUAAUCAACAUUACAGUGGAAAACAAAGGGCACUCAGCUCACUUUCACCUGCCACAGUCGGUGCGGCUGACCGGAGGCGCUCUUCCCGGUCACUACAGAGCGGCCCAGUUUCACUUCCACUGGGGGGGGAAUGGCAGACCUGGAUCAGAGCACACCAUCGACGGAGAGAGAUUCCCCAUGGAGCUGCAUAUAGUCCACAUCAAGGAGCCGUACGGUUCUCUGGCAGAGGCAGAACACGACAUGGCGGGUAUCGCUCUGCUCGCCUUCCUGUUUGAGGAAACAACAGACGAUCAUCCUAGUUUGAACACGGUGAUAGCUGCUCUGGGCCGAGUGCAACACAACGGCAGCAGCACAGUGAUUCCAAACUUUCGCCUCAGUGACAUUAUCCCGCCUGCGAAGGACCUGCACAGUUACUAUCGCUAUGUGGGCUCCAUGACAACUCCAGGGUGCGAACAGGCAGUUGCCUGGUCGGUGUUUCACAGGGCCCUGUCCAUCAGCAGCCGUCAGCUGGAUGCAGUAGUUCAGCAGUGUCAGUUCUGGACCGGACAGCCCAUGACUGACAUCUUCAGACCCACACAGCCUCUGGACGGCAGAGUCGUGUACCGCUCCAAGGCCGCCGCCGCCGCUCCGACAAGCGUGUGGUUCUGUGUCUUCUCAGUUGUGCUCAUGACAGCGGGUCAGAUACUCUGACUCAGCACAUUAAACACCUGAUGAUCUAAGCGGCAGAAGUUAGUAUGUGUGUAAAGGGAACUUUUUAGCUGUGUGUUAGUGUAACAGCAAACUGUCAGUGUCCAUGUUUAUUCAUCAAACUAAAUGAAUGCUACUGAAUAUCUACAUGCUACUAAAUUGUAAAUAAAGAUUGACGACAUGUCCCCACUUUCUCAAAUCCAGAAAUGAAGCCAAAAUAUCCAUGUUACGUACGCCACCAUCUUGUACUGAUGUUGUCGUUUGAAGCCAGAUCGAUCAGUAAUCAGGGGGCGGAGCCGCUGUAUCAAGGUCCAGCGGAUUUUUGCGCUCGACCAAUCAUGAGUCAGUCUCAGCUGCCAAUCAUGAUGUUUAACCCUGUUAAUGUAACUUAUCAGAAACAUCAACACUUGAACAUACAUGUGAUAACAACAUAAAUAGCUUUGAAGUCUGUACAAGGUGCGACACCCUGCACCUUUAUCUUUAACCCUCAAAUUACUAAGUUCCAUUUACCAUCUUCUAACAUUCAGGCGCCCAAACAAGACGCCUUGGCCUCACUUUUGUGGAGCCGUCAUGUCGUCCAUCUUUAUUUACAGUCCAUGUUUGAGGCAGCGACAGAAAUUAUCAGGCAGAGUUAAUGUUUUGUUUGCUGUUAUUUUCCCAGCAAAAAAUUUGCUGACUGUGUAUGAAAGGGGGGGGGCGUAAUUUUCACUAUCUAGUAAGAAUAAAUAUGGUUUGAUUUAGUAGCGGUAAAUUAACUAACACUUAAUGUGCAGUUACAUUAUAGAUGUUUUUAAAGAAUGUUAAUUUUGUCUGUCGUGCAUCCUAGACAAUGAACCUACUGCCCGGACUCCACGACUUUCCCUCCGGGCACUCACCACCCCGAGGUUCACAUGGUGAUUUUGAGCGAAAUAUCUCAACAAUGUCAGUAAUUAAAUUAGAUAAUAUAACAAUACAGCUUCUCGCUUUGCAGCACAUAUAUAUAUAUGUGCUGCAAAUACAGCUUCUCGGUUUGCAGGUCUUGUAGCUACUUGAUAUGUUGAUCUCCUCUCGAGCCAGUCAGAGUACAUUGUUUUAUGUUUAUUUGUCAGAAAACUGAAUACGUUCUAAACGUGCAUAAAUAUCUGUGAUGCUUUGCCAGACAAAAAAUGUAUUCUCUGCUCCUGCUUAUGAUUUCAUUUCUUUGAGUGCGGCAGAGAAAUGUGUCACCAGAUUUACUAUAAAAACUGUAAAUGGCCAGAACAACCUAGAGAAUAUAUUUUAAAAAAAACAGUGACUGGGUGUUACCGGGGGAAAACCAAUAACGGAUUACAUGUGAAAACACUCCUUGUAGUUGUACCUUGUUCAGACCCAUAAUGUUAAACUAUUUAACUUUAAUGAAUAAUUUUAUAUCCAUUUCUCUGCUGUAAAAAAAAAACAGAUCCUUUCUGAACCAUUAAAUGACACCAUCAUGUG